AUGCGUCUUGCCCUGCAGCCCAGUGCGCAAUCCUUGCGGCUCAUCAUUCUGCUGAUCCUCGUCAUGGGGGUGGCCCCGUCCCCGGCUCUGACGGCGGGAUGCCCGGCCCGCUGCGUGUGCGAUGACCAGCUGGUGGUCCAGUGCGCCGGGCAGCACCUCACCACCUUCCCCACCGAAAUGCCGCUCUCCACGCGGCAGCUCAUCAUCUCCAACAACCGCAUCAUUGAGCUACCACCGCUUCAGCUCAACUACCUGUCGGACUUGGUGUAUUUGGACUGUAGCAACAAUUCACUGACGGAGAUUUCGGAGUCCACAUUCGGUAACCUGCGGAAACUUGCUUACCUGGAUUUGUCCUUCAACACCUUGACGCGGAUAGAGGACAGGACGUUCGGGCCGCUGUCCAGCCUCGUGAUGCUGAGGAUGACGGACAACCCCGGCCUGUCGGACAUUCACCCAGACGGUUUCGCGGAGACCUCGGCGCUGCAGGUGCUGGACGUGAGUAGAAACAACCUGACGGUGCUCAACAUCAGCUCUCUCAUCGGGCUGCCCACCCUGCGCUCUGUCGGCCUCAGCGGGAACCCUUGGAGCUGCGACUGCGACAAUGAAGACCUCUGUCUUUGGAUCCACAUUGAGGGAUUCAAGUUUCAAGACGAGGGCCAGACGGUGUGCGGGGGUCCUUCUGACCUGCGGGGGCAGCGUCUGGGUGAGCUGGGGCUGCAGCUGCGGUCGCGGUGCCACCAGGGCCUGGGAUCGUGGGACUACCUGUUCUUCGUCGCCAUCGGCUUCAUCAUCUUCGCGGCGGGCACGGUGUCUGCGUGGGCCAUCGGGGUGGUCAUGGUGCUGUACGAACGCUACGUCAAGAAGAAGAGCGAGCAGAUGGACCCCGAGGACGAGGUGGAGCAGGGCGCAGGACCUGGCACGGGGAGUGGGGGUCGUCACGAUGCAAAUCCACAUGGCAAUGGAGGUUUGAAAAACACUGGUCACAUGGUGGUUUGA